AUGGUCUCCAGUUUUGCACCUCAAGUGGGAUGCGGUGAUGAUGAGAAGUUGAGUUUCUGGAGGGACUUGGACAGUGUUGUGCAGGGGAUAGAAGAUGGUGAGAGAAUAGUGAUUGCAGGGGAUCUGAACGGAAGCGUAGGCUGGAGUGGUGUCGGGUAUGAAGGUGUACACGGUGGACAUGAUAUCAGCAAUGUUAACCAAGAAGGUAUGGCAAUAUUAGAAUUUGCAACUGCAUACGAAAUGAAGUUGGUAAAUACCAUGUUCACUAAGAUUCCAAACCACCUGGUGACUUGCAAUAGUGGAGGCCACCAAAGUCAAAUAGACUACAUAAUGGUCCAAAAAACUGAAAGAUCGCAAUAUUAG